CGUCGUCUCUCACUGCUCUCCAACUCGAAUCAGAAAUUUCCCCAAGCUCAGGUCUCUCACUGCUCUCCAACUCUGACCAGAAUUUCCUCGUAUCCAGCAAUCCCCACCCCAAAACUCCGGCUCUCAAGCGCGUCGCCGCACCCCGUUCUUUCUCGUCGGAACAUCACGUUCCUGCUGUCUCCACCCCCGUUCACAGUCUUUGGCCAUUGGAUUUCGAGGUCUGAGGUUCUUUUCAUCCAGGGAUUAGUUAAAUCCCGGUCUUCUUCAUAAGUUCUGGGUGUGCCCGUGCACACCCGGCACAUCAUCUAGAUCCGCCCCUGUCUGGGUGCGUCCAUGCCCUUGGGGGAUCUCCAGUGAGCUGAGCUGAAGUUAGGGUUUCGUGCCGCGGGCGAGGAGGGGAGCCUGAAAUGUUCUACUCGCAGUUCAUCUUGGCCAAGAAAGGCCCCCUUGGGACGAUAUGGAUUGCCGCUCACUUGGAGCGGAAGCUGCGCAAGAACCAGGUCACGGAUACGGAUAUCGGUGUCUCUGUAGAUUCAAUCAUAUUCCCCGAGGUUCCGAUUGCACUACGAUUAUCAAGUCAUCUUAUGGUAGGUGUUGUCAGAAUCUAUUCUCGGAAGGUCAACUACCUAUUCCAUGAUUGCAGUGAAGCUUUGCUCAAGAUAAAACAAGCCUUUAGGUCUACUGCUGUUGAUCUCCCCCCUGAAGAAUCAACAGCUCCUUAUCAUUCUAUAACACUCCCUGAGACAUUCCAUCUUGACGAUUUUGAAUUACCGGAGACUGCAUUUCAGGGUGACAUUGAUCAUCAUGUAAGCACAAAAGAACAGAUCACCUUGCAAGACAACCCAGAGAGAACAGCAUAUUCUACAUCUGAAUUUGGCUUAGAUGAAAGAUUUGGUGAUGGCAACUCUUCACAUAUCGGUUUGGAUUUGGAGGAGGAACUAUUGCUGACAAAGGAUCACUCAAUUCAACUCGAGUCUGAUGAUGGUAUCAUCAUUCAAGGCCGAUCAUCAGUUUAUCCUACUGAUAUGGAUGUUGAUGAUGAUGUUGACAAUAAUCCAAGUAAAAUCCAUGGCGCUGAAGGAUAUGUCAACAUGGAUGAUGGACCUAGUCACAGCAACCUUAAUCCAUUGAACACUGAUGUACCUAGCUGGUCUGGUUACAAUGUGCAGACCCCUGAUUUGAAUAUGCUAUUGCACAAUGAAGAUGGUGCAGGGCCAUCAGCCUCAUACUAUCAACCUAGUCCCUUCCCUUGUGAUGAACCUGCAUCACCUGAGUUUGUAAGCGCUCAAGCCCCGGCCACACCUGGCUUAAUGGAAGAAACAGUUCCUUCCAGAGUGCACGAAAGUCCUGUUCUGAGUCCGCAGCGAAAAGCUUCGCCAGCAAGCAAUGAUGAAGUUGCAAAGGUAGACAAUGUUGCUGUGCCGCCUUCAGAUUUUCUCCAUUCAGCCGCAGUAGAUGCUAAUGAUGCUGUAAGUGCUGAGCCGACUGGUAAAGUUGGAUUGGUUAAGCCUGUGCUAGUCGAGUCUUCUGAUGGUGUACAGGAGAUUGAUUCUUUGAGGCAACAGUGUGCAAUGCCUCAACAAAUUCAAACCUCAAACCUGGAGGUUACUGUGGAGAAGUCAGUGGUAAGUACUGAUGAUAUAGUUGUAUCAGGCGAAAUGCUAGCUUCUGAAGCAACCAUGGAAGGUGUGCCCUUGGUUGAAAAUACUUCACAACUAUGUGCUGAUACUUCUACCGAGCCAUGUAUGAUUGAGAAUCCAACACAGUUUAAUGAGGAAGCAUUUGGCUUACAAGGGGAUAAUUUGCUUGCUUCAAAUGGGUUGGCGGAACAGAACUUAGAAGCAAUACCACCAGAAAUGCCACAUGUUGACAUGGCAAGCACAGGUUUCCAACAGAACGUAGAGGCAAUACGGUUUGACUUACAAGGGGAUAAUUUGCUUGCCUCAAAUGUGUUAGCGGAACAGAACUUAGAAGCAAUACCACCAGAAAUGACCCAUGUUGAUAUGGCAAGUGCAGGUUUCCAACAGAACAUAGAGGCAACACCACAAGAAAUGGCAUAUAAUGAUAGACCAAAUGCCCUAUCAACCUCAGAAUUCCCAGAACGUGAGAGAAUGCUGUCAGCUCCAGACAUUGAGUUCCACCAGACAUAUGAUUUGGGGCAGAUUACUGCUGAAAAAGGAAUCACCGAAUCUGAUGGAAGUAACAAAAUAGGUAGCCUUACUAGCAGAAAACGACACUUGGAGGAUAGCUCGCCUGUUCCAGAAAGCGCGACUACUGAUAAGUUAUCUAGCAAACUACAUGGUAAAAGAAGCGCUGAAGCUAUUCCUGAAGACAACGAUUUACUGGCAUCUAUCUUAGUUGGUAGAAGGACCCCUGGGUUGUGGCUUGAUUCAACACCAUUACCAUCUAAGGCAUCAUCUUUGAAACGCCCAAGGUUGGGAUCGAAGACCAUGACACCCAAGAGAAAAGUUCAAAUGGAUGAUGCUAUGGUUAUACAUGCUGAUAUUAUACGGCAACAAUUGAUUAGUACUGAGGAUAUAAGGCGCAUUCGUAGAAAGGCUCCAUGUACCCGUUCUGAAAUAUGGAUGAUUGAGAAAGGUUCACUAGAAGAUGAUAUAUUCCAUGAGCCCAUAUUUUCCUGCAUGUGCAAGGAUCUAAAUGAUUUGCAGUAUCGAACCUAUGAGACUGUUCCUCGCCUCACCGCUCAUAACAUGGAGCUACAAGGGCAACUAGGCAUGACUGGAACUACAUCAUCAGAUAUCAACAAUGUUGACAUCUCUGGUGCCAAGGACAGUGCAACUAUUGCUGACGAAUUUCAUAUGGUGCUGCCAGAUGGAGCUCAAUUAGAUGCAAUGCUGCCAGAAACAACUGAUUUGUUAGAUGCUACAGCUGCUUUUGGUUUGCAAUUACCAUCUGACAAACAUGUUAACAACAUUGAAGGAGUAACUGAAUUUCUGUUUGGUGAUGAGAAAGAAAUACCACUUGUUGACAAAACUAAUGCUGAUACAAACAUCAGUCCUCAAGUCGAUGCACUGGAUAAGGACCGCCUUCAAGAUGCUCCAGCUGAUUUGCAGAGGAGUCAAGAUCCACCUCUCUUCGUGCUAGAUGACAUCACCCAUGAUUCUGCUACUAUGGUAACAGACGCUCCAGAUGUGGUUUUGGAUAGUUCUGGCCCAGCUUGUGCACAAGCAGUGGACAAUAUGGAUGGGGAAUUGACUGGCAUUGUUCAAAGCGAUAUUAAUGCUUUUGAGAAUAAUAAGGAGAUGCCCACCUCUGAGAUUACUGGGCUCGAAUUCACCCAAGAUGCCUCCGCUUUUCCUCAACCAACAGACGACGAGAAUGCCAUGUCUGCUAUGGGAGAAAAUUCUGGCUUGCAAGAAAAUAACAGGGAGUCUUUUAUGGAUAUGGACAACAUGGGGCAUGACUUUGCAUUGAAGGAAUGCAGUGAUUUUGGCAGUGCUAUUCAUGGUGUUGACACAGAUUUUCUUAACUAUGACGAUGAUGUGGAUUUUGACGACACAAAUAAUGACGAGCCAAAUCCUGAUGAAUUCCAAUCUCAUGAUGCGCUUAGUGGUUGGUCUUCUCGUACUAGAGGUGUUGCAAGAUAUCUCAAGACUUUAUUUGAUGAAGAGUCUGGUCUGGGGAGAAAGAAUAUUGCCAUUGAUCAUCUAUUAAGAGGAAAGACUCGGAAGGAAGCAUCGAGGAUGUUCUUUGAGACUUUGGUUCUGUCGACAAAGGACUACAUUCAUGUGGAUCAACCCAACCCUUUUGAUUUUGUGAGCGUUAAGCCAGGACCGAAGCUCCUGAAGUCAGAUUUCUAGAUCGAGAUCAGCUAGCGUGGCAUGAUACAUACAGCUUGCUAUAUCUGUCGCAGCACCGUCAACAUACAGAUGUCCGCCGCCCCAAUUUUUUGUUUUGUUGUUAAUUUAUCCCCUCUUGUAGUAUUCGCCCGCAGUACUACUAAUCUGUGUUUCUCAGAGUUAGAGUAGGGCUAUUGUUGUUGUUGUUGUUGUUACUCCAGGUUGCUUCUUCGGUGUAUAUAUGAUUAGCCCGUGUAAAGUUUAAUUAUGUAAUGUGAUAGCGUAUCAUCAGAUGGAGGUCUAUGCUGUUUUCUUGAUUUUAACAAGCCCAUGGGAGCUGUAUACCUCUGAACCUAUUGAGCUGCUCGUCCAGUUAUUUUUAAGUUCCCAAAGUUGAACA